UAAAGAUGAAAUAUGCUCUUCGGUUUGCGAAAAACGCAGGUGAUUAUUUAACAGGCUUCCACGAAGCCGAGUUUGAAUCACUCUGCAACCUCUUCCAUAUCACCAAUAUCACAAUCGAAGCCAAAAACGAAGACAUCUGGAUCGUCAACUGCGAUUCCCAGUCUGUAAUUGAGAAAUUAGUUUCACGAUCUGUUUUUCUCAAGACUGCAAUCAAAUUAUUUUGUUUCUCGAACAGCCGAGAGGAAUUGUAUAUCCAAUUACAAAACGACAGUAUCCUUAGUUCACAAAUUGUUAAGUACCUCACCAGCAGUGAAAAUGGGUUUAAGGUACUAAUUUCAACUGUCAAUAAAACCCUGACUGCCUCUGGAAAAAUUGAUUUAAUAGAAGAACUUUUGGGUUGCUUACCGGAAUUCGAGAUUCAAAUAAACCUGAAGGACCCAGGAAUAACUUUGCAUCUUCUCGAGAAUUAUGAACACGAAGCCGGUUGUUUGAGCCACUGUUAUCUGGGGAUAUCGUUACCGUGUGAGGAAAGAUCAAAGGUUAUGACUGAGUUUAGUAUCAAGAAGCGACAUUUCAUCGGAAAUACCACAAUGGAUCCCGUUUUAUCUGCAGCUAUGAGUAAUAUUGCUAGAGUUGAUACAGGAAACUUAGUUUUGGAUCCUUUCGUCGGAACAGGAGGUAUAGUCCUUUUAUGUGCUUAUCACGGAGGAUAUUGCUUUGGGUCUGACUUGGAUUACAAAACAGUUCAUGGAGUCAGUAAACCCAGCAGAUCCGGUCUUAAAGGUCGCCGAAGGGCAAAGGACGAAUGCAUCAGAACCAAUUUCUAUACCCAUGGCUUUGAGGAACGCUUUCUGGACGUUUGCGUAAAUGAUGCUUGUGAUAUAUUUUGGAAAAAUGGUAAUAUUUUUGAUGCCAUAGUUACAGAUCCACCAUAUGGAAUAAGAGAAGGUAUUAAAAUGAUUAAUUCAGAGAUUAAAUUGAAUUCAGUGGAAUCACACGCUAGCAUGCAGCAAAACUCGCCAAUUGAAAUGUUCAAAAAUUUGGUAGACUUUGCGGCAAAACAUUUGAAAAAAGAAGGGCGACUUGUUUUCUGGAUGCCAUCAUUGACUACCUUGUCCUCGUUUGAACCCGAUCUUCACAUUCCAAAACACCCAGGGAUGAAGUUUGUCCAUUUUUGCUCACAGACAAUAACAAACACGUCAUCGCGAUGUCUGGUUUGUUUGGAGAAAAUAGGAGAUGACUUCGCCGAAGAUACAAAAUCGCAAGUAUGUGUUGACUAUUACGACUUGGGGCCAGAAGUAAAAUUCAGAGAUGCUUAUUUGAACUCUAUCACAUAAACUAUCAACUUAGUUUUAAUUCUUAGGUUCUAAAUAUUGGACUAAUUCAUAUUUUUCUGUAUUA